AUGAGACCCCUCACAGACACGGAAACGAAGACGCUCUUCGAAAAGCUCGCCAACUACACCGGCCGCUCCCUCAACAACCUCCUCACCGACACCGCCAGCACGCCCAACUCCAACGCCACCGACCGCUACGUCUUCCGCGUGCAGAAAGACCGCGUCUACUACGUCCGCGAAUCCCUCGCCAACCUCGCCACCUCCGUCGCCCGCGACUCACUCCUCAGCCUGGGCACCUGUCUCGGAAAGUUCACCAAGACUGGCAAGUUCCGCCUGCACAUCACAGCACUGGACGUGAUUGCGCCGCACGCGAGGUACAAGGUCUGGGUCAAGGCAAAUGGAGAGAUGCCCUUUCUGUAUGGAGGACACGUGGUCAAGGCGCAUGUGGGACGCUGGAGCGAGGAUGCGCCCGAGCAUGCGGGCGCCAUUGUCAUGAGCAUGAACGACACGCCGCUUGGCUUUGGAGUGACGGCGAGGAGUACGGCCGAGGCGAGGAAGCUAGAUCCGACGGGAAUUGUCGUCUUCCGGCAGGCGGAUGUGGGAGAAUAUCUGCGAGAGGAGGACACGCUUUUCGCGACUUGA